AUUUUAGAAUAUUUUUAAAUUGCGCAAAAUGGAAGACGGCAGAUCCAAACAGAGAGUCCAUAAGUUUAUGGACGUAGUUCUGAAGAACUACCUUUCUCAAGCAGAGCAAUUCCAUGUUGGGUUGAGGAAGAAGCGCUUCCUAGAAAGAACUAAUUUGAAGAGGGGUAUCCCAUACAGUGUGACUAAGAAAUCGGUCAUGAAGGGGGCAACCACUAGCAAAGAGAUGGGAUUUGAUAUUCCUACAGAGAUAAUGAAGGAUUUCAGAUCAGAUGCUCAUAUCGCUCUAAAGGACGCCCAAGAAGAAAAUCUUGAAACUGUUCAUCAAGCAUUAACCGAGAUGUUUGAUGAAGUUGAGAACCACAUCUUUGAUGGGAAGGUCGAUGACAAAGGUGCUGAAAGUUGCUAUAGGAUUAUUUUUAAGACUUCUUUAAUUACUCUAAGUUGAAAGGAUCACCUUACUAAUAAUUUAAUCUCUGACCAUAUCCCUGAAGUUAUCCGGCUGAUGGACGUGUUUCUGAACUAUCCUUUUAAUCUUAAGCGGGUCCUGUUCAUCCUGUUUAGCUUCAGUUAUUUGAAGAAUUGCGGUGAUUAUUUUAGAGAUUCUAGGUAUAACUUUCCAGAAAUUGCGAAAGCAAUCCUAGCAGAGCAUCAAGACCUUGAAAUUAUUAAUACAAUGCACUCGAUUUUGGGAAAUUUAGCAUUUGAGGACACAAAAACUAGGGAUAUGCUCCUAGACUUGAAAUUCACUGAGCAUAUUGCCUAUAUUAUCUCUGAAAAGGGUAUUGAUGAGAAAUUUGAGAGUGAUAUGACAUGUGUGAUCAGUUUAUACCUCAACCAGGAGAUUACAGAUAUCAGUUACUUCCAGUACUUCGAUUGCUUACUUCCGUUCAUAACCAAAAUGCUAGACUCCUCAGAUGAAGCUACUGUGAAUAAUGCUUUGUCUAUUAGGUUUCAGUUGACUAAGCAUUCUCCAAGAGAUAGUGAGUUCUAUGAAGAUCUUUGUAAUAAAGAAGUUAUUAGUAAGAUAAUUGAGAUUGGACAAAGAUGUAAUUCUUGAAUGAAAAACUGCCUCUUGGUCCUAUGUCAUGUCUGAUGAGUCAAUGAUGAGGCUAUCGAGCAUAUGAUCGAGGAGGGUUUGGAAGAGAUCCUGUUUGAAGUGGCAGGUACAGAGUACUAUGCUGCUAAAGGGGCUGCCUACGCUGUACUCUUCAAUCUUUCACUUUCGACAAGUGAAAUUCUUGAUAAACUGAUCAAAGAUAGAGAGUUUAUUGAAUGUCCUGCAACUGUCUUUGACUCCUUAGUGAAGGAUGUGAAAUCAGGAGUUGUUAGAAACCAAAUUUCUUCUCUGAAAAUUUUGGCAAACGUAUUCCAGACAGCUUCUCUUGAGUCAGUAAGAUAUCUGAUAAACCAAGGAUAUCUUGAAGAUAUCACAACAGUUUUUGAUAAAGAUAAUUCUAAUGAAUGCAUACUCUGGGGCCUGGUCUGAGUAAAGGUCCUCUUUCAACGAGAGACUUAUAAUAAAGAAUUCACUACACUUUUUGAAGGAAUAGAAGGAUUUGCAAAACUCGAAGCUCUGAGCUAUAUUAUUCGAGACAACUCUCUCUUCCAAAGCAUUGAAAAAGUGUUGGAGUUCCAAGAUCAGGAUGCUAAAAUGGGCAGGGAGGAUCACUUAGACAUUGAAAUAAUAAGCUAG